AUGUCUUCCUCCCUCGAUCAAUUGAAGGCCUCUGGCACCACCGUCGUUUGCGACUCUGGUGACUUUGCGACCAUCGACAAGUACAAGCCCCAAGAUGCCACCACCAACCCCUCCCUCAUCCUCGCCGCCUCCAAGAAGGAGGAGUACGCCAAGUUGAUCGACGACGCCGUUGCCUACGGAAAGAAGCACGGAAAGGACGUUGAGGAGCAGGUCGACGCCACAUUGGACAACCUCCUUGUGCAGUUCGGCAAGGAGAUCCUGCAAAAGGUUCCCGGAAAGGUCUCCACCGAGGUCGAUGCGCGCUUCUCUUUCGACACAAAGGCCUCGGUCGACAAGGCCCUUCACAUCAUCGAGCUCUACAAGGAGGUCGGUAUCCCCAAGGAGCGCAUCCUCAUCAAGAUUGCCUCAACAUGGGAGGGCAUCAAGGCCGCCCAGAUCCUCCAAUCCCAGCACGGCAUCAACACCAACUUGACCCUCAUGUUCUCGCUCGUCCAGGCCAUCGCCGCCGCUGAGGCCGGUGCCUACCUCAUCUCCCCCUUCGUCGGCCGCAUCCUUGACUGGUACAAGGCCGCGACCAAGAAGGAGUACUCGGCCACCGAAGACCCCGGUGUCAAGAGCGUCGGCAGCAUCUUCAACUACUACAAGAAGUACGGCUACAACACCAUUGUCAUGGGAGCUUCCUUCAGGAACAUUGGCGAGAUCACCGAGCUUGCUGGCUGCGACUACCUGACCAUUGCCCCCAACCUGUUGGAGCAGCUCUACAACUCGCAAGACAGCGUGCCCAAGAAGCUCAACGCUUCCGACGCCAACUCAUUGAACAUUGAGAAGAAGUCGUACAUUGACAACGAGGCCGAGUUCCGCUUCUACUUCAACGAGGACCAGAUGGCCGUCGAGAAGCUCCGCGAGGGUAUCUCCAAGUUCGCCGCCGACGCGGUGACGCUCAAGGACAUCCUCCGCAAGAAGAUUGAGGCAUAAAUAGGACAAAGUGUGGGAUUUUUGGAUUU